GAGCCACAAAACAAAAUCAAUGAGUGUCUGAGGGUGUGUGGGACCCAAUGUCAGAGACAUUACCAAAUCCAGACUCAUCAACGGCCACUGACAGAUCAGUGAGAUCCGUAUUCGGAAAUUUUCGGCAAUUGUUCAGUAGUUGCAGUUUUAUGCGACGUAAAAGCAGUGGCGUUCCAAUUGAUGACAAAUUACAACAGUUGCACCAACAGUUUUCAACUGAAAAUGAAGACCGUUCACGUCGGAGCAAGGAGAGAACCGCAACGACUGGAACGGGUGGAGCGGCAGUCGCAAGUGCAGCCGAUCGAAUGUCAAAACGUGUCGCGUCAGCAUCGUUGGCAGUCAGGCCACAGGCAAAAUCGUCGGAUUUAAUGUGCGUCUGCGAUUCGAUUGAUGGAAAUACGGUUGCCAAGAUCACAAGUCUUCCAGAAGGCAUCGAAAAGCGAGAAUGGAUUGCUCACAACGUUCUCGGACUUUUCGAGCAUGUAAACGCUUUGUGUGGAACGUUAUCAGAGGUGUGCACCCAACAAUCGUGCCCUCACAUGAGCUUUCCGGGCACGAGCAAAGCAAUUUACACAGACGAACGUGGCAAGCGGCAGGUGUAUCCAGCGGUGCAGUACAUUGAUUGUGUUAUCACACAGUGCGAGUCGAUGAGCCGACAAGAGGAGAUUUUUCCAACUAAAUAUGGCAACAAAUUCAACGGUAACUUUGAGCCGGCGGUGAAGAAAAUGCUCAGCCACUUAUUUCACUGUAUGGGCCACAUGUAUCUGAAACAUUGGGACGUGCUCGGCGCACUGCAACUUCGCCCCCAAUGUGCAAUUGUGUUUGCGCAUAUUGCAGAGUUGGGAAGGACAUUCAGCCUGCUCGAUGCCAAAGAUCAAGAGCAAGUUGACGAAUGUGUGACGGAGGUGCGCCCAAUCCUGCCCGUGCUAUCACAAACGUUAUCUCUGGACGAUCCGGACCAUCCACACGACGGUGAUCGUUCAAGCCGGGUUCCAUCGUCGAAGAGCGGUAGUUGGGGAGGAUACCCGUCACCGGCAGUGUUGUCAUGCAAAGCUUAUGCUCAGACCUGUUGACCGUCAUUCUGCCCUGCGGUUUUGUUAAAAAUGUACACUUCUUCUGCCAUUAGAACGCUUAACUUUAUGCCUAUUCGCUUUUGUUCAAUUAUUAUCAGGUCAUCUCUCUCUCUCUCUCUUUCUUCUUCUCUCAUCAUUCACUACCGAAUAAUUAUUAUGUUUUUGAAUCUUUCAAUUUUCAAUUUUUCAAUUUAAUCCCCUUCCCAUCUGCACCCUUUACGUGUCCUGCAAUCCCAUCCGAAAUACGAUCAGAUUUUCUAGUUGCUGUCGCCAAUUCCACCUCUCUCUCUCUCUCUACACCCCAGUUGUUUUUUUGGUUAACCAUCAUAAGUUGUGAUUUAUCAGAAUUGAUAAUUUAGAUCUGGGUUGAAUUUAAACGUUUUUGAAAUGAUAACUACUCUCAUUUCAUGCACUUUUCCUUACAGCACGGGAGCGCUUUGUUGUAUGUUCUUCUAUUCUCUUUUGUUUUUGUGAAUAUUUUCAGCAUUCAUUGGAUGUUUUUUAUUCUUUUCUCAACACAGUCCUACCCUUUUCUUUACGUGUUCUCUUAUUUUCCCAUUUUUGUUUCGGUAUUCAUUUUGUUCUCACUAACUGUAGCAGAAUAAAAUUGAUUUAAUGGUUUA